UGAGAAGUGUGUGUGUGCGUGUGGGUUUGCUUUAGUGUGUGUCUGUUGGGUGCCAUGCGUAGUGUGUGUGAGUCUUUCUCAGCGGUGAAGAAUGCUGUUGCUUCUACUUCUCUCUCAUCUCUCAUUCUCAGGUGGCGUGCAGAGUGGCAUCUUUGGUGGUCGUAUGGCCAAGCCCCACUCCAGACCCUACAUGGCCUCACUGCAGACACGGAGACACCACGGGUGUGGAGGAGUGCUGAUCAGAGAGGACUUCGUACUGACUGCUGCACACUGUUAUAAUAGCAGUGAUCCCCUAGACGACAUAGUGCUGGGCGCCCACAACAUCAGUAAGCAGGAGAAGAGCCAACAGCACAUUGGCAUCUCUGAGUUCAUCCCUCACCCAAAGUACCCCAAGAAGAAGCUUCGCAAUGACGACCCCAGGACUCGAGAGCAUGACAUCAUGCUGUUGAAGCUGAAGACAAAGGCUACGCUGAACAAGUUUGUGAAGGUGUUGGAGCUCCCUAAGACAUAUGGGAAGAUCCGUGCGGGGGAGCAGUGUGAGGUGGCUGGGUGGGGGAAGAGGGUCCUCGGGCGAGAAGCAGAGAGUGUCCUGUACGAGGCUGAAGUCAUGCUGGACAAGACAGCGAACUGUGAAGCGAAAUGGCAGCAGUAUUACAACCAGGACCAGAUGACCUGCAGCGUCCCUGACGGCAGAGGAGGAUUCUGUCAGGGUGAUUCUGGAGGUCCUCUCAUCUGUGGAAAGGGCAAGGCCAAGAUCCUGUAUGGAGUCACAGCCUACACAGGUGCACCGUGCGACACCCCAGAAUACCCAGAAGUCUACACGAGAGUCCCCCACUUCCUGCCCUGGAUCAAAGACGUUAUUGGUGUGAAUGAUGCUCUGUAGACAGGAACUCAGAGGCAUAGUGUUCAGGAGAGAGAGCCAAACUACAUGAUUAUCUCAUGACUUAAACUACAAACUACAUGAUUAUCUCACUGCCUUAUAUAUUUUUAUUUAUUUAUUUAUUUUAUUUUUUUAAUUGCAAGGGUCCCUUUUCUCUUUUUCUGUUUGACGUAUGACACAAGCUUACAAAAAUCAUUACAAGAGUGUAAUGUCACAAUUGCUCCAACUUAUAUUUGCCAUUCCACACCAUGAAAGGCAAACGAGAGAGAGAACUAGAGAAAUGAAAAGUCAUGAGAUAUUUAGAACAUUUCAAUAUGUGGUGGUCACAAUAAAGCACACACUGUAACACA